AUGGAGAACGCGCCGUGUGCAUGCCUGAAGUAUGCAACCAGGGCGUGGCAGCGCGUCGACCACAUGGCCGAAUUCAGUCUCGAGAGCAUCAUCGUCGCCACGAGCCAGACAAUCGACUUCUCCCUGCAGGCACAGGGGUGUCCGUUACACAACUUCAUGCCCGUCCCCGGCGCGAUGGAGAUCAGGGACGUUCUCUUACGGAUCUUUACGAAGCUGGUUUCCUUCCUCCAGAUCGCGUUGACGACGUAUACGUGUACGGCCAUGACGACGAUGCCCGCCGACCACCCCUUCACAGCCGCCCUUGAGCGAUCCGGGCCCUGCUCUUCCCAUCACCUGGCGUGUGGACGCGGGCAGGAGAAGCGAGCUGGGGGUGGAGUGGCGUGCAAGCCCUCCCGGAUGACAUUGGGGGUCUAUGAGUUGAGCGACGGGGAAAGCCGAUACCUGGCGCUCGACAUGAUCUGUCGCUCCCUGCGGAAUAUCGCCCACGCUGUGCAACAGAUGGAUUCCGGCGACAACACAGAUAUCAGAAAGGCCGACUCACCGGUGCUCACCCUGCUGUUCCGAGUGACGGAGUUGCUGGAGAGCGCCACGGCUCAUUUACAUGAUCGGAAGACCUCGUUAUAG